CGAAAAGGAAAAGGCACGUGUUUAGCCACAUUUUCCAUGUUCAUAGUCUUUAACAUUUAGCCAAAUGGCAAAUAAGCUGACACUGGUUAGAUUAACUAAUAUAAAAUAAUACACAUUGAUAAUUUAAAACAUAUCCAAUCACGUAGACCAAUCAAAGCUAAAGUUUCACAAUGGAACCUAUUCUUACAAUAAUCGAAGAUCCGAAUAAAGAUGAAGACGAAGAUGUCUCAUUAUUGCAGCCUACUAAUCUUAAGAUAGAGGAGAAUACUGACGAGCUUGAUCAAGUGAUGAUACAUGACCAUGAAGUGGAAGUCGGGGACAUGGUGAUUAUCAAGACUGAGCAGGAACAGGAAGAUGACGACCAUGAUGACAAAGCUGUACAAUUCGAAAGCGAGGUCAAACUUGAAUCGCCCAAGACCAGUCCCGAAAUAACGUCCUCCAAAUAUGCUGCCAUAAGUUCCAAACAAUUAAAGGCAAUGAAGAAAUAUUCUGCAGAAAUUGGUAAAGACCUCAAGACUAAAAUAAUUUCGCUCAAAAAUGGGACUUUCGCUUGUCGAAUUUGCAACUUUAGCAAAUCUGCUCUGGAGAGUAUGCGCGGACAUCUUUCAGUUCACCGAGACGGCAACCCUUUUCGGUGCCCUGUUCCCACGUGCGACCGACUUUGCCACACCCACGCUCUCCUCACACAACACAUCAAGACACAUCUCCCCACUGCAAGAAAGUACCGUUGCACCCUCUGCCCGGCCAAGUUCAAGGGAAAAUCUCAUCUUAAAUCUCAUAUUGUGACCCACAGUACAGUUAAACCGUAUGCAUGUGCAGUGCAGGGUUGCAAGAAACGCUUCGCCCAAAAAGCACUGCUUGACAAACAUGGAGAGACUCAUUUAAAUCUGGACAAACGGGAGCAAUGGGUGUGCUCUGAGUGUGGGAUGCAAUUCCUCUCAAAAAUUGGAUUCCAACAUCACUCAAACCGACACAAAGGUAUCGAAAGGACACGAAAUUAUUCAUGCUACUUUUGCGACAAAAAGAUGGAAACACCAAGUGCAAGGAGUAUUCACCUACAAAGGCACACCUUGGAGAGACCGUUUCCUUGUGGGCAGUGCAAAAUGUGGCUGGCUUCUUUAGCUGGUCUUCGGAGUCACGAGCGCACCCAUGUAAAAACGGAUCCAUUCUGUUGUCCCCAUUGUCCCAAAAAAUUCAAAUGGAAAAGCGACCUCGCCACUCACUUCAAGAUGAAGCACAACGAAAAUGCUCCAGUUUAUCAGUGCAUUCAUUGUUCGUACACAACAGUCUGGUUGAGAGAUCUUGAACGACAUGGGAGAAGGAUUCAUUUAAAACUUCGCCCCCAUAAAUGUCCCCUUUGCCCUAUGACCUUUGCAGAAAAAAGUGGACGCGAUCUUCACGUGAAGAUGCAUUCGAGUGACAGAUCCUUCAAAUGCAAACAUUGUUCUAAAGGGUUUAUCACUUUGACAAGGCUUAACUCCCACAUGCAGAUGCACUCUGAGAACAAAAUCCCCUGUCCCAAAUGCGACUCAUUGUACAAGACAAAACUCGGGCUAGAUAUUCACCUGAAACAGAAGCAUGGCAUAGGACACAAAACGAGAGAUGUGACGUGCUAUUUUUGUACAAAAUUGUACCACGGACAUAGUGGACUCUUAAAACACCUCAGGACCCAUACUAGAGAAAAACCAUAUCAGUGUCCCGAACCAGAAUGUUCCAAGACAUGGCUAACCAGCGGGGAAAAUUUAACCUACCAUCUCUUAUCGAAACAUGGGAAAGGGAAACCACGUGUGAUCAGGAGUGACACUGAUGAACGUUUCCAGUGUACAAAAUGUUCUCGCUCGUACAAGUACAAGGGAGACUUGCAGAAGCAUGAGAAGAUUGCACACGACGAGACAGCCCCACUUCAUAAAUGUACAGAACCAGGAUGCAAAUAUGCCACUCGUGAGAAAAAGUGUUUGCCAGGUCACGUGAAAGCAGUUCAUCUCAAAGUGACAUACAAAUGCAGAAAUUGUUCGAAACGGUACAAGAAGAAAACUGAUCUCACCAAGCACUCACGAGACUGCCAGUAAAAGUUUGUCAUUCAAUUAAUUUCUUAUACAUACAUCGUUUUUUGUAUCUUAAAUAACAAAAAUAUAAUUUCAUCAGCAAAGGG